AUGGGCAAUCUACUGAGUAAAUAUCGGUGUCUCUGCCACCGCCUGCAGCAACUCCACCGCGGCAGGCCUCUCAUUGGCCGGCGCCCGCCUGGACAACCUCGUGUCCACCCCGCUGGGCCUGGCCGGGUGCCCCCAGCCGCUCCGGCCCCUGCCAGCCCGCCGGCUCCCAGGAGCUUCCACCGGCAGCGCUCGCCAUCACCACCCGGCGUCAACAUCGCGCCCCCAAGGCGAUGCACCAUCACGCCUGCCCUGUGCUCCGGUGUGGGGAGGCUCCCCCCCGCAUCAUGGGGGAACCCCCCCAAGAAGCCUGUGCUCUCGGCUCGCAAUUCAAUGACAUUUGGGCGCUGUAGAGCCAGAAUUAUUCCUGCCAUUCGUGGCAAAUGUCAUCUCUCCUCCUUACCAUUCAAACUAGACCCUGAGUGGAAGAGAGGAGACUCCUCCUGUCACCCGUGCCCAAGACCUGCCCGGGAGGAUACGGAGGUGAAGGUGGAAGAACCACCGAACAUCGCAGAGGAGGAGGACGUGUCCACACCACCCGGAGAACCGUCCAGUGAGGCCUCUGCGAUGCCUGCCCCCAGCUCCCCGGGAGACCUCGCAGGGGAGGCUGUGCCUCCGAAGAGGCCAGAGGAGGGGGCAGCCACAUCCUGUGGGCCAGCCCCAGGUGGCUUCCCGCCACCGGAAGAGCUGGCUGAAGACCAUCCACCAGUCUCAUCAACAUCUCGAGACGUAAAGGCUGAAGACCAUCCACCAGUCUCAUCAACAUCUCGAGACGUAAAGGCUGAAGACCAUCCACCAGUCUCAUCAACAUCUCGAGACGUAAAGGCUGAAGACCAUCCACCAGUCUCAUCAACAUCGCAACACGUGAAGGGCAAAAAGUCCUCGAGCCAGUUGAGUUCCACUCCACCGGACUCUGGCCGCUCAAGGGCCUGCAAGCACAAAAGGCCCAUGCCACUGCCCAGGCCAAGUCUUCCGUGGGAGAGAGGUGAGCUGCCCCCACCCUCUAAGCUCCCCUAUCUUGCGGUGGACACAGAGGAGAGCCCUGUGAAACUGGGUGAAACUGACCCUCGUGCCCCUCAAUUUGUCCGGAUUGUUCCAGCUUAUCCACCGCAGGCAGCAAAUCUUGAUAGAGAAGGAGGCCGCAUGAUCCUUCAUUCACCUCGUGUGGCUAUUGACAGCCGUAUUCCCAUCAGCUGUCAUCCAGUGUGGAAGAUCCCUCUGGUUCAUACAGAUUCCAUCAUCGUGACGACAUCGCGUAUAUCACACACCCGCAUGCCCCUGAGCCCCCCAACCUCUCUCCAGCCCCCCGUCUCUAAAAACCAAUCCCCAACCCCUAUGUGUGUAGAUUCUCCCCUUCCCAGUGUCCUAGCUUCCCCUGCCCCAGCCCCUCCUACCCAGGCCCUUGUUUCCGCUGUCCAGCCCGCCACUCCCUCAACCUCUCUCCAGCCCCCCGUCUCUAAAAACCAAUCCCCAACCCCUAUGUGUGUAGAUUCUCCCCUUCCCAGUGUCCUCGCUUCCCCUGCCCCAGCCCCUCCUACCCAGGCUCUUGUUUCCGCUGUCCAGCCCGCCACUCCCUCAACCUCUCUCCAGCCCCCCGUCUCUAAAAACCAAUCCCCAACCCCUAUGUGUGUAGAUUCUCCCCUUCCCAGUGUCCUCGCUUCCCUGCCCCAGCCCCUCCUACCCAGGCCCUUGUUUCCGCUGUCCAGCCCGCCACUCCCUCAACCUCUCUCCAGCCCCCCGUCUCUAAAAACCAAUCCCCAACCCCUAUGUGUGUAG